AUGAGGAAAGCCACCUCCACGGUGACCGUCGACCCCAACGAAGCAACUUUCACCAUAGUCGCCAUUGACUUGGAGACUGUCGACACAAUAGCAGUAGCAAACCCGUUGAAACCACCUUACCAAGGCAACCACCAGAAACGUCGACGCACCAAGGAGAAAGUGAAUGACAAAGCCAAUGCCCAGAAUCUGAGAGAGACAACAAUGAGGCCAGCACCCCAGAGUCGAAGAGAUGAGUGA